AUGCUAGUCCUGAGCAAGCUGAUCAGACAACCUCUUCCGCGGCCAAGAGACGAACUUCAACAGUGCGCGCUUGCGAACCUUGUAGGAGGCGAAAGAUCCGGUGUAAUGGCGAGCACCCGUGUGAGACCUGUCAGUGGUAUCGCAAAGCUGCAUCAUGUCAUUACACCGAACCACGGCAAAGGCAAAUGCCUUCAAGAAGAAAAGAUUUCACAAACACUCCAGGAAUAUCGAGCUGUUCUACAGAAGCUGUUUCCAAACGUUCAUCCUGAUCAGCUAAAGGACAUGUCGCGCGAUAGGCUCAUAGAGCUCAUUUCAAAGUCCAACAACUUUCACCCACCAUCACCCAGAACUCCAAGUGUGGAUGAAAAACCCCCGCCGGUCAAUCCCGAUGCUGGCAGCCUAGAGCAGCUACAACCAAUGCCCGAUGACACCAACGAUGCUUUUGAAUCAAGCAACCCUGCAAUGCCAGGCAUUACUGACGAUGUUAACAUGCUCUCCUUGUCGGUUAAACAAAACUCCUCGUACCUCGGCAUUUCCUCCGUCAUGGCUGUACUUCGAGUCAUCACAUGGCUGGAUCCAGAGUGCCUUGCCAAAUCACCAGAACGAAGUAUCGUACCAAGCCGGGCAGCUUCGCCUCCUCCAGAGUCCCAGCUACAAGGAAAAGAUGCCGCACGAGGAGAGGACUCCUCAUCUUCUGCGUGGGAUGAAAUUCCCAUGAUCAAUGCUUAUUUCACCUACGUUCAUCCCUUCAUUCCCUUGAUUGAAGAAACAACUUUCCGCGAUACCUACAUGGCCGGUCAAAGGACAGAUUCUCGAUGGCAACUCUUACUGAACACCGUGUUGGCCAUGGGCAGUGUGGCAGCAGGUAAUUCAGAAGACACGACUCACCAGACAUAUUUCAAUCGCGCCAAACAACAUCUGGAUAUGAGUACACUGGAUUCAGCCCAUCUUGAAACAGUCCAAGCACUGGCUAUCUUGAGCGGGUUUUAUCUCCAUUACUUACAAACCCCCAAUCAAGCCAACGCGAUAAUGGGUGCCACACUCAGGAUUGCCACUAUGCUAGGUCUCCACCGCGAUUAUACGGAGGGAGUGGGGCCUGCAAAGUUGCAAAAAGCAGCAUUUUCUAUUGAAAUGAGGCGGAGGAUAUGGUGGUGUGUAUUCAUGCUCGAUGCUUGGGUGGGAAAUACCCUAGGCCGCCCAAGUAUGGGACGCAUGAGCUUCGCCAUUACCGCAAAGCCCCCUCAAGAAUCCAUAGGCCAGUCAACUGCGUUACUAACACUCGUUCAAGAGAAUGUUCGUUUUGCUGUGAUAAGUACUCGGAUGGAGGAUAGUCUCGCUGUUUCUCCGCUUCUGGAUGAGCAUGAACGUCACGCACUUGAUGCGUUGUAUCUGGAAUGGUACAAGCAUUCUUCUAUCCAGACCCAGUCUCCUCAGCCUAAUAUGGCUGAAUUACCUGGUGUUUCUGUCCUCAAGAACGUCAUGAGAUGGCGUUACCUGACGAAUCGUAUCAUUCUCCACAGACCUGUCUUACUCUGGUAUUCGAUGAGAAAGAUUACCUGGGAGAAAUUAUGUGAGGAAAAGAAGACCGCUGUUGAGCUCUGUAGAGAGCUCUCCGCGGAGCUCAUCAACGAUAUUGCAUCUACCUGGAGGGCACAGAAAGCUUGCCAGAUAUCGGGAUGGAACGCCACUUGGUUACUCUAUCAAGCAGUCAUGGUACCGUUACUCUCGCUAUAUGCAGAUCCUCUAAAUCACGAGGUUGUCGAACAGAGUCGACGUCAAGUGGAGUUGGCAACGGGCAUUUUGGCAGAUCUCCAACCUUGGUCAACUACUGCAAAAAGGUCACUGGAAGUCGUACUCAGACUGUGGGAAGGCAGCAGAAAGCAUAUUCCCGAGAUCUCAGAGAAGCAAGAUCAAUGCUUCCAAAGCAGCAUGAAUACGCCAACUUCUAUGACCAGUCAAAUGCCGGCGCCGUCAUCUGCAGCACCCAACUUCAAGCCAACCUAUAUUGAUGUUUCAUUUGCCAACACAUUCGGUAGUGAUCAAGUGCUGAACACUGCCAAUCAGGAGGUUUUUAUGGACAACAUGUUCGACUCUUUGAAUUGGAGCAAUAGUUGGGACAGUCCUAUCGGUGGGCCUCAAAUGAUGAACCGGUGGGACUACAACUCAAUGCAAAAUUGGGCUGGCAUUCAACAAUCAGAAGAAUAUUUUGAUACGGGUUUCUCAGAGGAUCCUCAACAUCUACAAUAUAUGGACAUGCAUCCUACUUCCAACCCUUCAGACGUCAUGUCCUACGGGCACCUGGAGCACGGUCACAGGAUUUGA